AUGACCUCUGCUCCUGUAUUCAAUUUUGGAGGAGGAGGAACGCGUCUCGCAGACAUCAAGGUAGAAGGAGAAUCGAGAGUACAGAACAACUUUGCCAGGUCUGCCAGAUGGUGCGCGGAUGGAUCUAGUAUUCUGGUGACGGCAGAGGAUCGAAUCAUCAGAGUAGUCAAGAGUCUGAAAGAAACGACUAUCAUUGCCUGUCCUGAUGCCGUCGUCUCCACAUCAUGGUAUCCCUCUGCAUCAGGCGACAAUCCGGCAACUCAUUGCUUCGUCGCUGGCAUCCGGGACUCGCCUGUCAGACUGGUGGAUGCUUCAGACGGGAGGAUUCGAGCUCAAUAUCCCAUCGUCGAUCACCGUGAGAGGGUGAUCGCUCCUCAUUCUCUGGCUUUCAACCCAGAUGCAAGCAAGCUUUACUGUGGAUUUGAUAGUGCCAUCGAGGUAUUCGACGUCUCUAAUCCUGGUCAUGGGACCUCGGAUCGACUGGUGCUAGCCAAAGAUGCGCAGAAGGGUCUUGUGUCUGCGCUUGCAUUUGCUCCGGACUACUCAGGCAUAUUCGCUGCUGGCGACUAUAACGGCGCUGUGGCUCUGUAUAGUGAAGGCUCAGCGGCACCGAUACAACAUGUUGACGGAGUCGUCGGCGGUGGUGUCACACAGAUCGCCUUUAAUCCCAUCAGACCUACAAUGAUGCUGGUAGCAGCUCGGAGAUCAGGAGAGAUCCAAGCUUUCGACACAAGAGACCUCUCAAAGCCGGUCAAAGGGCUGCAGAGGGACGGCUGGACCAAUCAGCGUCUGGACUUUGGACUCGAUCCAUGGGGCAGAUAUCUCGCAGUGGGGGAUCAGCGUGGAACCGUCAAGAUCUGGGAUACAGAAACGCUGGAGUUGGUUUGCGCGCGACCGCUGAGUAAUGACGCGAUUGGAUCGGUCCAGAUGCACCCAUUAGAGCCUUGGAUCCUGACCGCUUCGGGCUCGAGAAAGACGAUCGAUUCCACCGAUAGUGACAACGAUAGUGAUGAAGAGGCUUCCGAUAACGAGAGCUCAGGAUCAUCAGAUGAGGAUCAUACCCAUUCAUCCCACGUCCUCCCGCCUGUAUCUCGGUCGCUGGGUCUCGCCCUUUGGUCUUUCACAUGA